AUGGCUCGCAAUGUCGCAAACGCUGUAACACCAGCUGCGGACUCUCCGAGGCACUCCCAGUCACCUCCACCAGGGAUCCAGGGCGACCUCGAGAUGGAACUCAUGGGGCUCGCCAACGCGCUCUACAACCUCGGCACAACCGUCGUCACCGACGCCUCCAAAGACCAGAACAAGCCCGGCGCAGGCAAGCAGGUCGGGCAGCGCGUCAACGAAGUGAUCAACCACCUUGCGAGCAUCGACGACAUGGCGCAGCACUGCCGGACGAUGAUACCGAUCCAGGUGCUGAUGGAUAUUGACAACUCGAAGAACCCGAUGCAGCUCACGCGCGACCGGCUGGAGCGCGCGGCGACGGAGAACCAGUUCAUGAACGCGAAGAUUAAGGCUGUAGAUUCCUACCGCCACCAGUUACUGGAGGCACUUGGCCAGAACUUUCCGGACAUUGAGCCGGUGCUGCGAGGACAGCAGGAGGGUCCUGUGUUCGAUGGCGGAAGCAACCUCGAUACAUCGCUUGCGGGCCCGUCACGAUCCUGAAUUGCGCACGUCACCAGACCCUUGGUUCUCUGACGAUAGGAUGUAUAUCUAGGGUGCUCCGAGAGGUAGCUCGGCCAUAGCUGCCUUUGAUGAUAUGGAAGCCCAGGCCCCCGCAGAGGACUGCGGGCGAGCAGAGAGGAAGUGGAUGGGGAGGACCGACUAUGGAUGAGCUGCAUGUAUGGACCUCGCACUGGGGUGAAGCAAGACUGGCUCUCAGUCAGGAGAUUUGUGUCAACUUUGUCUUUGUAUCCCUGUUAUGCGUACGAUACUUGCGAGUAAUGAGCGAAUAUCGUUG